AUGUUGCGAAGACAGGCCAGAGAGCGCAGAGACUACAUCUACCGCCGCGCUCUUCAACUUCGAGAUGCCAGUAUUGCCGAAAAGCGAGCCCUGCUGAAAAAGUCCCUCGCCACAGGCAAGCCUCUCGACCCUUCUGUCGCAAACGACAAAGCCCUCCGCAAAGACUUCAAGUACGACGAGUCACUCGAUCCAGAGACUGCAGCUGCCCAGGAGUCACUCGACGACGAAUAUGCCAUGCUCUCAGGCCUCGCCGACCCCAGACCACUCGUCACCACCUCCCGCAGUCCGUCUACUCGACUGGCCACAUUCUCCAAAGAGAUCAGACUCCUCCUGCCCACUUCAAUUCGCCUAAAUCGAGGCAACCUGAUCCUUCCAAAUCUGCUGGCAAGUGCGAAAGCCGCAGCUUUGACCGACAUCAUCCUCCUGCACGAACAUCGAGGCACUCCGACCGCCAUGACAAUCUCUCAUCUGCCCCACGGUCCCACGGCUUCUUUCUCUCUACACAACGUCGUUCUCCGCGCGGAUAUACCAGACGCAUCAAGGGGCACAGUAUCAGAGUCAUAUCCACAUUUAAUCUUUGAAGGCUUUACCACCCGACUGGGAAAGAGAGUGGUCCAGAUUCUCAAGCAUAUCUUUCCUCCGCGAGACGGCCCACACAAAGUUGGCAACAGAGUAGUCACCUUCAAGAACGUGGAAGAUAGUAUAGAGGUUCGUCAUCACGUCUUUGUCCAGACGGGCUAUAGAGUCGUGGAGCUGGCUGAAGUUGGUCCUAGAAUGACCAUGAGAUGCUUUCAAAUCAGAGGAGGAACGCUGGAGAAGGAAUCGGGUGGAGAGGUCGAAUGGGCCUUAACCCAAUAUACUCGCACAGGACGCAAGAAGGAUUAUCUUUGA